AUGUUGUUCUUCACUAUUUUGAUGUUCAUUUGUACAACCAAAGCGUACGUUUUGGAAGAAGAAUGUUUGAAUUACACAAUUUAUCCCGCGCAAUAUGAGCUUACAAUAAUACCGCAUAUAUUUAAAGAUGGAACAUCAUAUUACGAUUGUGAUUUAUUAAUAACGGUAAUAGCAAAUGCGCCAAAUGUGAAUAUUAUUGAGUUGGACGCAAAGGAGUUAGAGAUAAAGAGUGGUUCGAUAAAAGUUCUGGAUGGUGUAACGGAUAUUGUUAAUCAACACAGACCAUACGAGUUUGAUAAUAAAAGGGGAAAAUUGUUUAUUUAUUUGAGGGAACCGAUGAAACAAUACAGUGCAAGUAGAACUCAGUAUAUAAUAAGAGUGUCUUUUGUGAAAUACGUUCAUUUGGAUAGCGAAGGUGUAUCUAUUGUUCCUUAUAAAGGAGACGACGGGAAACAAGCAUAUCUAUAUACUACCCGAUUAUCUCCAACCAAAGCUAAAUAUUUCUUCCCAUGCUUCAACAAUCCAGAAUUUGAAGCUGUAUUCAAGUUAAGGGUGUAUGUUGCACCGCCACGGCCGGGCAUCCAGUUCUGUAAUACCACAUUAGUCGUCGCAAAAGAGUUAAACAGACAGAACUUCAAAGACGACAGCUAUGGUACCAUCGAAUACAUUCCAUCACCGCAAAUCGGCGUUCAUCAAGUUGGCUUCCAUCACUCACAAUUCAGCAACCGUGAGGUCAAAAUUGGCGAAGAUGCCUUGAUCUUCUGGUCUAGAUCGUCUCAAUUACCAUACUUAUCAUUUAUAUUGCAAUUUGGAGAAAAUCUUAUUCAUAUGAUCCACAAAUACUCAAUGAUUAAGAGGCCGCUCGUGAGUGGACCGAUAAAUAUCGUGGCAGUACCUAAGAAUCUUAAUGGAUAUGAGAUUGGAAGCUGGAAUCUUUUGACUAAUAGUGAAACAAAAUUAGCAUAUAUAAAUGAAUACACAAGCGUGAAACAAAUGGAGGAAAUGAUGUUUGAAUUAUCCCAGCAAUUGAGCAGGAUAUGGUUGGGAAAUCCUGGAGAAUUAAAAAGGACUAGGUGGAUUGAAGAAUGGUUCAAGGAAGGUGUCGCUACAUAUUUCGCUUAUUACUAUCUGACGCAGUAUAAUCAUGGAGGAAUGAAACCAAUAAGUCGUAUUCCACUAUCGAUGUACGGUCAGCAGAUGAAGCAGAGAGCAAUGGCCGUAGACUGGCACCACUCAAUUCCAGCGCUUAUGUCUUUCAAUAGAACCUUAGCUGUAGAAAUUCCCAACAGAUAUAAGGAAUUGGUGACAAUGAAGACUGCAUCAAUACUGUGGAUGGUUGAAAACUGGUUGGGCUCGGAAAAAUUCCAUCAAGCUUUGAUCAAAUAUAUCAAUUUACGGAGAGGGCGCUUCAUCUCAAUCACUGACUUCAUGAUAAGCUUAGACCAAGAUACCGUUGAGUGUAUGCAUCAGUUCUUUAAUGGAACAACAGCGUCCCGGGUGCUGAGUUCCUGGUUUUACCAAUCCGGAUAUCCCGUUGUUUAUGUCAAUGUGCUCAGAGAUAGGACUCCAAAUGCAGUUCAGUUAAAACAAAGACAAUUCAGUUUUAAUGACUUGAACCGCUUGGAAUCUAACUAUCUAAUACCGAUUUCGUAUAUCGUACAAAACAAUGAAAACUGCUACAACUGUCACCAACCACGCUUCACUAUCGGCAGUCAGACCUACACAUUUGGAGAGAACUUGAAUGGCGGUUGGAUUAUUCUUAAUAGGAAUUCGGCGGGUUACUAUAGAGUAAAUUACGAUGACACAACUUGGAAACUCAUUGCCAAAACACUGAAGGAAAAUAGACAUGCAAUUGAUGAAUUGAACAGAGCACAAAUUGUCAACGAUAUAUUCGCGCUGUACGCAGCUGGUGAUGUCAGUGAAGAUAUAGCGCUUGAGGUAUUGGAGUUUCUAAACAUGGAACUAAGUAGUGUAGUAUGGGACUCAGUUGUUAGCGGGUUUGAGCUGCUAAAAACAGAUGGCGCUCAUAUGACUAAGAUCAACUAUGAGGAGUGGCAGGCUUUCAUGCGCCAAAAAGUAUCAACAAUAUAUAAACGACUUAUGGACGAUAUCGAACGAAGGCCCGAAAUAAGGCUCUUUAGGAGCAAUAUAAUAGAGUUCGCUUGCUCUAUCAAACAUCAACCCUGUAUAAGUGAUAUGUGGAAGAUCUAUGGGGAUUAUAAGGAAGGAAGAUUGCGAUUGGAUCCUGACUUCCGAGCUGCGUGUUAUUAUGUAGUAUUGAAUGAUGUCAAUGGUAAUUUAGCUGCAGAGAACUUCAAUGAUUUUGAGAAUGAGGACAAGACUAGAGCUGAACAUGCAUUACGUGAAGAGAACAGGUUCUUAUACCGAGUUCCUAUAGGUCAUCCGAGACCACUGCCUAUUAAAAUGUCAACUACCACAACAACCGAGGCACCAACAACCAUCAAAGUAGCAGGUUGUAAUGGAGCGAAGAAAAAUUUGAUUCCCGUAGUAUUAUUAAGUUUUGCGUUCCUUACUAGUAUAAGUAUAUGA